AUGGAUGGAAGUGGUGACUUCCUGACACGAUCCUCUCAAGAUGAUGAAAUACGAAUGACAAAGAAGUCCCUGCGAAAAAUCUGCAAGGAAACCAGCUUAUAUUUAACACCACAUUUAAACGACGUUUUGUAUCUACAUUAUAAAGGUUUCAGUAAAAUAGAGAACCUAGAAGAAUACACUGGACUGAAGUGUCUGUGGUUACAAAACAAUGGCAUUGAAAAGAUUGAAAAUCUGGAAAAGCAAACAAAUUUAAAAUGUCUCUUUUUACACUAUAAUUUAAUUGAGAAAAUCGAAAAUUUAGAAGUGCUGCAAGAGUUAGACACAGUGAAUUUGAGCUAUAAUUCAAUCAGAAAAUUGGAAAAUUUGGAUACUUUGCCAGUACUGAAUUCAUUGUACAUAACACACAACAGACUUGAAACUGUUGAAGACAUAGAAAUUCUGGCAAAAUGCAAGCAGCUGAGUGUUUUGGACUUGUCCUUCAAUCGUUUGGAUAGCCCUGACAUUGUUAAUGUGUUUGGUGCAAUGGAAAACCUUAGAGUUCUGACUCUGACGGGAAAUCCUGUACUCAAACACCUUUCCCCAUACAGAAAGCUACUAAUAAUGAACUGCAAACAAUUAUUACAUCUAGAUGAACGUCCUAUAUUUGAUAAAGACAGAGCGUGCACCGAAGCAUGGUUUGCAGGUGGAGAGGAAGCAGAAAGGAAAUUAAGGCAAAAAUUUAUACAAGAUGAGCAAGACAGAUGCCUCAGAAGUGCUUUGGCACUUAUAGAAAUGCGAAACAAAAAGGUUGCAGAGAGAGCUGCACAAGUAGCCGAUGACACUUUGCAGUGUAUUGCAUUACUAUUUUCAGAAUAUUCCCAGGUGUCCUACACUUUUGGGACGGCAGAAGAUGCACCAUUAGACACUACAGAUAGCCAUUCUGAAGGUGUAAAAAAUAGUAACAUUAAUGAUGAGAAAACUGAACAAAAUGUGCAAGGUAUAAGCUUGGAAAGCCAACGGUUUUAA